UUCAAUCUCCCGGAAACUAUUUGUACGUAAAUUGCCUCGGCUGCUGUUUAUUUGAAAAUAACCGGCAAAAAUGACUGCAAAGCUUUUCAUCGCUAUCUUUGUGGGUCUUCUCACAAUUGCCAGUCUUCAAUUAAGCACAGCGGCCCCACGUCCUUCAAAGACAGAACUUUUUGAAAAAAACAUCGCUGACUACCUCAGACACAAUAAGGAAGCGCUUAAAGAAUUGAAACAACUAGGAUUUGAUGACCAUGCAUCUCUUGGUAGAGUCAAACGCCAGUCGACAGUCGAAAUAGACACAAAUGAUGCGGAAAUCGAAGAAGAGAAGCCCGGUUUCUUUGACCGAGCAGCCAAGUUUGUGGUGGAACUGUUGCAGCGAUUUCUCAGAUGGGUUAAUACGGAAAAUAGUUAAAGAAGGCGUUUCUGCUGCUCUGGCCGCUGCAGCCGGAUAUAUUUUUGGAUAAACACACAUUUUUUCGGAUAGUUUAGAUAGCUUGUUACCUAAUAGCCUUAAAGGACAUUGUAUAAUUUUUCGAAAAGACAAGAAAUAUUGUAACUUCUGUGUUGAAUAUAUUUUUAUAGCAGU